AUGGAUUCUGUCAAAACCAGAUUUCGUUCCGAGGGAUUCAAUGCGUCUCUCUCCAAUAUCUUGUCGAAUGGAAUUGUAAUUGUUGUGGCCCUACAAGUGUCUGGUAUGAUUGCUAUAGACGUUCCAACUUUCAAGAUGGUGAUUGAUGAGGUGCAACGGGCGAUUCCGGGGGAAGCGCGGGUGACUGAGGCCACAUUCGGUACCAAGACCCAAUUCUUCACGUCUAUCUUGGGGGAAUCCUGGCUGAUUGCGAGUGUGAUAACCGUGUUUGCGCCGGCACAUUCUAACCAUGCAUGGGCGACUGUUGUAAGGUGA